UACUGUAGUUCAUUUACUUAACCCUACUCAUCAAGACAUUGAUCUGCCCAAAGAAGCCCAUUUGGGUCAGUUGUACUCUGUGCGUAACAUGCCCUCUGAUUUGUAUGUGCCUGUAACUAGCUCUGUAGCUCAGGUUACUGUUUCCAACCCGUCAUGCAAAUUACCUGAUGUGCAUGUUGAUACAGAGAUUCUUACAUCUGAUGAGGUGAAAGUAGUUCACUCUCUACUACAACAGAACUGUGAUGUUUUUAGCACUAAUCCUGUUGAUCUUGGUAGGACCAAUUUGAUCAAACACAACAUACACACAUCCUCUGAAUCCCCACUGCGUCAGAAAGCAUAUCGAACAUCACCUGUUUUGCGUGAGGAAAUUCACAAACAAGUGCAGAAACUUCUUGACGCUGACUUAAUUGAGCCUAGCCAUAGCCCAUGGGCCUCACCAGUUAUACUGGUUCGUAAGAAGGAUGGGUCUUACAGAUUUUGCAUCGAUUACAGACGCCUAAAUUCAAUUACUGUUAAAGAUGCACACCCACUGCCACGUGUAGAUGACAGUUUGGAUGCUCUUGCAGGAGCUACCUUGUUUAGCACGUUAGACUUGUCCAGUGGCUACUGGCAAAUCCCAAUGGAGGAUGCUAGUAUGGAGAAAACAGCCUUCACCACUGGUGAUUCCUUGUAUCAUUUUAAGGUUUUGCCAAUGGGCCUCACUAAUGCGCCUCCAACAUUUCAGCGCUUGAUGGAGCUUGUCCUCCGUGGCCUCCAUUGGUCUAAGACUUUGGUGUAUCUUGACGACAUAAUUGUCUUUAGUAAAUCAUUUCACAAUCACAUUACUGAUCUUACUGAGGUGUUUAGCAGACUGCGUCAGGCAGGUCUCAAACUCCAUCCUCAAAAGUGCCAGCUUUUCAAACAGUCCGUGCUCUUUUUAGGACACAUUGUCUCAAAAGACGGCAUUAAACCUGACCCAAAAGUAACCGACAAAGUGUUGAAUUGGCCUCGUCCGACUACACCCACAGAGAUGCGUGCUUUUAUGGGCCUCUGCUCUUACUAUCGGCGCUUUAUCAAAGGUUUCGCAGACAGAGCAGCUCCCUUACAUGCCCUGACACAAAAACAUGCAAAAUUCAUAUGGACAGAAGGAUGUGAGGAGGCUUUUCAAUACUUUCGCCGUAUUUUAUCGUCCUCUCCCAUUCUCACAUACCCAGAUUUCAGUGAGCCUUUCAUUCUCUAUACUGAUGCCUCUCACCAAGCAAUUGGCUCUGUUCUUGCACAGAAACAGCAGGGAGUUGAAAAGGUAGUAGCCUAUGCCAGUCAUGUGUUGACCAAAACUGAGCGUAACUGGUCCACCUUUGACCGUGAGUGGUGGGCUAUUGUUUGGUCUGUCAGACAUUUUUCACAUUAUUUGCAAGGGUGUCCUUUUGUCAUUGUCACCGACCAUCGCCCCUUGUUAGGUUUGAGGAAAAUGCCUAUCGAACGAGAUCCCACAGGGCGUAGGGCUCGCUGGGCGCUAGAGCUUGAUGUGUAUGAUUGGGUCAUAAAGCAUAGAGAUGGUGUGAAGCACACAAAUGCAGACUCUCUAUCUAGGCGUCCAGGUCACAGUGACUCUAUUUCCCAACCUACUUAUGACAAUACCAAUUCAAAUGAAUCAAAACAGUCUGAAAACAGUGCUCCAGUUACUGUUAAUGCUGUCUUAGAUCUUUCUGAGGCUCUAUCACUUGACGUCACUCAAUGUCAGACAGAUGACGGCACACUGAGGACAGUGCGUGAUUGGUUGGAGGAAGGAAAGCGACCUCCAGCUUGGGUUGUAAAGAAAAGUUCAGAUCUCAGGGUAUAUUGGCGACAGUUUGAUAGACUGCAGUUACAGGAUGGCAAAAUCUACCGUCUAUCUUGUAACAGACCAAAAGAGUGUCGUACCCUUCAUAUUGUCAUUCCUAGUCAAGUUGUUCCUCAGGUGUUACAGUUUUUGCAUGGUCAUUCCACAGUAGGACACCUAGGUCAUAAAAAGACACUUUGGAGGGCAAAAGAGCAUUUCUAUUGGCCAUUCAUGGCUAGAGACAUAGAGAAAUAUUGUCAACAAUGUGUUGCAUGCCAGUCUAGGUCUAUGCCAGUCCCACAUAGAGUAGCUCCACUGCAGACUAUUCAUGCUAAUGGUCCUUUUGAAAAGGUGGCAGCAGACAUUACUGAGCUUCCUGUGUCACCGACCGGACAUAGAUACGUUCUAGUCCUUCAAGACUACUUCACCAAAUAUGUGAAUUUAUACCCUAUGAAGGACCAAAGGGCUGUAACCGUUGCACAUUGUAUUUUUGAGCAGUACAUUACAGAGCAUGGUGUCCCUGAAUAUCUCCAUACUGAUCAAGGGCGUCAGUUUGAGGCAGAUUUGAUUAAGGAGUUGUGUUCAAAAUUGGGUGUGAACAAAACCAGAACCUCUCCUUAUCAUCCUGAAGGAGAUGGCUUAAUUGAAAGAUUUAAUCGCACCCUGAAGGAUCAGUUAAGCAAAUGCCUGUAUCAGCAAGCUGAACCAUGGGAUACAAUGUUAAGGUCAAUACAGUUUUCUUACAAUACUAGUGUUCACAGUAGUACUGGAUACACACCUUUCUUUCUUGUUCACGGUCGUGAAGCCAGGUUGCCCGUUCAUUUACUGUUCUCUAGUCCUGUAGAACUCUCUAGUGCAUCCCCUGGUACCCCAGCAGAGUAUGCCAGGUCUGUCUGUAGGAAGCUACAGUUUGCUUACAGGUCCCGUCAAGAGAAUCAUGAACAUGCUCAUGCUCAGCAGAAAGCCCAAUAUGACAAAAAGGUCAAAUACAGCUCAUACAGUGUAGGCGAUUUAGUGUGGUUGAGUGAUGCUGCUCAUUCGCGAUGUAAACUCGCCCCGCGCUGGAAAGGACCUUAUGUUGUGACACAAAUUGUUCAACCUACUGAGGGUCAUGCUGUACUUUAUGCCAUACAGUCAAAAGCCGCUCCUGAAAAGACACCGCUGGUUGUACAUUAUAACCGUCUCAAACCGUAUCUGUCUCCUGCAUCUCAGUUGAGUCAACCAGUGUCAGAUGUACUGUUUUCUAGUGAACCACCACUUGCAAAGGAUGUUCUCCCUAGUACUAAUUUAUCUGGAACAGCUGAGAAAGAGAACUUGCCUUCUAUUGUCUUUUCUGGUGAAGUACCUUAUCCGACCGCAGACAAGCCUUUGCCUUCAGAACAGCCCCAGUCAAACUUAACUCCGCAAACGGGGCACUUCAAUGUUGAGCCCCUUAAUGACAUAGACAUUGUAUCACCGCAGCUGGGUCAAUCUGUUGUUAUGAAUUCUAGACCGCUAGGUCGCAGGCCUGUUAAGCCGCCUGCUAGGUUCAAAGACUUUGUUGUGAAGUGAAAAAAAAAAAUCUGUCAUAACAUGUCUGUUUCAACCUUUGGUUUGUUAACUGUUGUUAAAAAAAAAAGAAUAUAAAAAAUAAUAUGCCUUAUUGUUAUUGAACGUAAUAAUUAUUGUUUUAUCAUUUGAUACUUGUUUUGUGCCUACAAAUGGAUUGGGAGGGAUCAUCUUUACAGUCUAAUGUAUUUUCUUUUCUUUCCUCUAUUGCACUGAAUUGUUAAUUGAAUUAACAUUUGAACUCCCACUUGUAAGUUGAAACGUGGACGUUUCUUUUCCCACGGGGUAACUGAUGUGGGACAGACAAAGUUUGUUAUAUGGUUGUAUUUCAUUCUUGUCUAUUUUAUUUUAUAAGGCAUUUACCUAUUUCUUUCAUGUAUUAUGAGGGACUUUUAUUUUGGUGGGGGAAUGCGCGCGGGGAAGAGAAAAGGAGAGGAAGAGAGGAGUGCUUUUGCUGUGUGCCCCGUGUUCUUGUUGAGGCUCUCUGUGCUAACUUGAAUAAAAGUUAAUAGUUGAGAAUACCUUCAUCCAUCGUCUUAUUGGAAAGCAUUAACAUCUAUACUCCACGCCUUACA